AUGACCACGGAGAUCUACGAGGAUGAUCACUUCGACCCCGGCAAAGAGGCUGGGGGCGCAGGGGACCGAGAGUUACGAUGGCUCGUGGAGGAGAUAGUGAAGCCGCAACUUCCGAAUGUAAUCGACAACAUCGAGGCAUGCCUGGCGCAGCUGGUGAGCGACGAGACCUUCAAGAUGCCCAUCAGCAACGGCGCGAGCGACGACACACAACCGAUGAUGCGAGGCACGCUGUCGCGCAAACAGGGCCGCAUUGUGGACUUCCAGGCGCUGGUGCGGUUCCCGCAGUUCCACAGGGGCAAGACCGUGAUGUACAAGAUGAAGGAGCAGGGCGGGGAGUUCCCCCUGCAGCAGAUUGAGACGAUAUGUACGAGCCUAUACAAGGUGCUGGACCUGCUGGACGAGCUGCUGUCGCUGGCGGACAUGCAGCAGUUUGUGGAGCGGUUCGGAGAGCUCCUGGUACUGCUGACGCGGGCCAUCAGCGUACUGGAGAACCCGCCGCACGUGCUGCUGUUCCCGGAGGACAACAACACGGCGGUCAAGACGAUGUUCCACGAGAACACGCAGUGCGAGUCGACGCACCACCUGGUGAGCAUCGAGCUUGUGCUCUUCAAGAACGAGCUGAUGAUCGAGUUCCGCAACCUCGUCAAGGUCACGAAGCGCCCAUGGUGCCAGGUGGACCCGGCGACCGGCACGUCAUUCGUCGACCGGCUGCGCCAGCGGCUGCGCACGCAGCGCCACGUUCCCAUCAAAGCUGUCAUGGAGGAGGAGGGCGUGCAGAUCGAGGAGCCCUCGUUAGUCACCAGCCUCAUCUCGCACCUGAAUACCAACGGCGAGCGCAUCACGCUCGCCGGUGCGCAGGACCUCCUCAACCGCUGCGUCACCUUCGAUGGUCGCGUCGUCAUGGAGUGCGAGAAGGUCACCGUGCGGACCAGCGACCCGGGACUCAUCUGCGUCAGCACCAAGCUCAACGCUCUGGUCUCGCGCCUCAGCACCCACUAUACAAACCUCCGCGUCAUGUAG